AUGGGGAGGACGAUUCUUUUCUGUAUGCUUUUCUUCUGUUCCAGUAUGGCACUGAGUACAGCUCGGCACAAAUUAGCAAAAUACAGACAGCUCCUCAAGACAAUUGAACAGCUAGAAACCACAGUGAAAGAUAAGGAUGUUGAAUUGCUGCAUACACCAGAAAACCCUGGGGAUGGAUGCCUGUUCACAGCUGUGACCUGCUUCCAGAAGGGCACACUGAAAUUACAACCAAAAAACCGCCAAGAAAAUUCAACAUUCACCCAAACCAUUGAAGUCUUGAAAAGAUUUACCAUCAAGAACCCUGGAAAGCACUGUGAGUCUUCAUGUGAAUCUUACAAGAAAAAAAGCCCCAAAGAAUUUCUGAAGAGCUUUUCACAACUAAUUCAACAGGUAAUCAGGGCCAAUUCCUCCUGCGUGCUUCUGACAUUUUGCAAAUGA